CUGGGAUUGGGAUUUUCCCUUCCCAUGUGCUCGGACUGGCGCUAAAAGUUUUGAGCUCAAAAGUCCAGAGCCACCAUCCUGGGCGCAGGUAGCUGGUGGGUCCCGGGGGUUCACCUGGAAUCCGGCCUCGGAGCGUGCUUCCCAGAACGGUGAUACGCUCCCCUGAGGUUCGGCAGCCACACUUCCAGGGAGCUGCAAUGGAGGUACCACAGUCAGAACUCAAUAUGGAGUCCCCUCUAAGUCAGGAGACAUUUUCAGACUAUUGGAAACUACUUCCUGAUGACAAUGUUCUGUCCCCUGACAUAUCCCUAACAGUGGAUGAACUGCUGCUGUCCCCAGACCUUGUGAACUGGGUGGACGAAGGUGCAAAUGAAGCCGCCAGUAUGCCAGCAACUCCUGCACCUGCAGCUGCCACCCCUGCACCAACCACCUCCCCUGCACCAGCCAAUUCCUGGCCUUUGUCAUCCUUUGUCCCUUCCCAGAAGACAUAUCCUGGCAACUAUGGUUUCCAAUUAGGAUUCCUGAAUUCUGGGACAGCCAAGUCUGUAACCUGCACGUACUCCCCUACCCUCAAUAAGCUGUUUUGCCAGUUGGCAAAAACCUGCCCCGUACAGCUGUGGGUCAGCUCCCCACCCCCACUUGGCACCCGUGUCCGAGCCAUGGCCAUCUACAAGAAGUCCGAGUACAUGACAGAGGUUGUGAGGCGCUGCCCCCACCAUGAGCGCUGCUCUGACAAUAGCGAUGGUUUGGCCCCUCCUCAGCAUCUUAUCCGGGUGGAAGGAAAUUUGCGUGCAGAGUAUUUGGACGACAAAAACACUUUUCGACAUAGUGUGGUGGUGCCCUAUGAGCCGCCUGAGGUGGGCUCUGACUGUACCACCAUCCACUACAACUUCAUGUGUAACAGCUCCUGUAUGGGGGGUAUGAACCGGCGGCCCAUCCUCACCAUAAUCACACUAGAAGACUCCAGUGGUACUCUCCUGGGACGGAACAGCUUCGAGGUGCGCAUUUGCGCCUGUCCAGGGAGAGACCGUCGUACAGAGGAAGAAAAUUUCCGCAAGAAAGGGGAGCCUUGUCCCAAGCAGCCCCCUGGGAGCAGUAAGCGAGCACUGCCCAACAACACCAGCUCCUCUCCCCCGCCAAAGGUGCCACGGGAUGGAGAAUAUUUCACCCUUCAGAUCCGUGGGCGUGAACGCUUCGAGAUGUUUCAAGAACUGAAUGAGGCCUUGGAGCUGAAGGAUGCCCAGGCUGGAAAGGAGUCAGGGGGAAGCAGGGCUCACUCCAGCCAUCUGAAGUCUAAGAAGGGGCAAUCUACUUCCCGUCAUAAAAAACUCAUGCUCAAGAGGGAAGGACUUGACUCAGACUGACAUCCUCUGCUUCCUGCCCCCACUGACACCCCCACCCUCAUCUACCUUUGGCAUUUUUGGGGACUCAGGAGCUUAAAUUUCUGCUUGGUACAGGUGUGCCUCAGAAACACCACAGAAUCCCAUUUGCCUUGGCCCAGGGCUCUGCUAAAGAAGUUGGCCUGCACUGGUGGUUUUUUGGGGAGGUGAGGGGAGCUUGUUUCAGCUUAGCUUUUAAGGUUUUUCUCUAUGAAGACCAUUUGGGAGGUAAAUUUUCCUGCAUGUAAGGGUUAGGUUUUAAAUCAGCCGUCCCCACUGGGUUGGAAGCUAUCUCAGCUGAAUUUCUUCUAACUUCAUAGUCCACAUUGAUAAAAUGCCAAUAAUCGUACCUACCUCACAGGGUUUUUUUGUGAGAGUUAAUGAAAUAAUGUAUACGAGGUCUGACAAUUAAGUUCACAAAC